UCGGGCACGCUCACCUCCCCGACUCCUACUCCUACUCGGAUUCGGAUUAACCAGAUUGUCUAUAUAAACCCCUGUGACAUUUAGCUUAAAAUCACCGUCGGGCACGCUCACCCCCCUAACCCACAUCAAAACACUUGUAAGCAUGGAUUCUUCGCCUGCAGUUCCUUCUUCUUCUUCUUCUCCUUCGAAAUUGCCGUCGCCAUUGCCUCCAUUCAAUGAAGAUGGAACCCAUCCUUGUUUGCCGUGGCCGGGGCUUCGAUUUCACCCGGCCGGCGAUGUCGUCAUCAGGCAUUUUGUAAGCAGCAAAGUUUUGGGAGCGCCGUUACCAAUUAACCCGAUCAAAGAGAUUGAUGUCUAUCUCUUCGAACCUGAUGAACUCCCCGUUACUAUCUCUGAUGGUAAUGAGCGUUGGAUGUAUUUCUUCAUGUAUAUGACUGAGGAGAACUCAGACCGUUCCACCCCAAAAGGCUAUUGGAAGUUAGAUGUGAGCGAUGAGCCCAUCAAGGAUCCUGAUACCAAAGAAAUCAUCGGGUUAAAGAACACGUUUAUCUACUAUAGUAAAGAACUUGGACCAAAUGGGCGGUACAAGACCAAUUGGACCAUGCAAGAAUUUCGAGCAACCAAUUUGGAGAACCUUAAAGAUCCCAAGAUGAAAAAUUGGGUUGUUUGCAAAAUACAAACAGUGAUUCCUCGAGAAUAUGAGUCGAAGGUUUCGAAGAGGGGUAAGAGGAAGAAAUCGUUUACAUAAGUAGCAAGAAGUAUUUCCCCCUUAGGGAAUCAUCAUAUUUCCUUUCUUUGAGAUGGUCGAUAUUUUAUCAUGGUCUUUCAGUUGAUCAUGAAAAUUUGUAGUAGUUGAAAGAAAAUUCAAAGCCAGUUAUCUUUUGUUUCUUUUUUAUUUUCUUUUAGCAUUUGUAGUUUGAUGUUGAUCGGGAGCAAUUUAGUUCAAUAGGAUAUUACUUGUAAUUGUUUGUUGCCCUUUUCUUAAUCAAUGAUGAAGGCUUCAAGUCAAAA